AUGAAAAGGAAGAAUAUUGCGACGAUUGCAAAGAAAAGCACCACGAAGAAAACCCAAGAAAAAAUGGAAAAGGGAAAGGGAAAGAAAAAAAUAACAUAUGCUGAAGUAGUAAAAGGACGGCAAAUAAACGAAGAAAUAAAAGAACAAGAAGAAGCAUUAACAGGAAUAAAAACCGAAGGAUUAAAGAAAAUAUCAUGGUCAGAUGAAGUAGAAGAAAAAGAAGUAAAUGAAUUACGUAGAAGUAAACAGAUUCAACAAAAACGAAGGAAAACAAGAAUUGGUAAAGAAAUGAAUAUACCAGAAAUAUUACAAGAAAUAUUCGGAUAUAUACCAAAGAAAGAACAAAUAUUCGAAUUAAGAAAAUAUCGAAAUAACAAAGACAAAAAUAAUACACAUAUACAUAAUGGAACAAGAAAAAUGGAAAAGUAUCCCAACGGAAUGGAUGGAAGGAAUAAUGAAAAUAAAGAAAAAACAAUAGAAGAAAUAAGAAGAGAAAUACAAGGAAAACCGAGAAAAGAAAAAGAAAAAGAAUUACGAAAAGAAUACCCGGGAAAAGGAUUAACAUGGAAAGAAAAACGAAAAAGAAAACAACCGCACAACGGUACUACAAAAAUAAUUGUGGAACAAAAAGAAAUUAUAAAAAGAGGCAGAAAAAGACCAAGGAACCACCAGAAAAUGGAACCUGACUACAGACCAAAAAUUGAAAUCUUCAAAAAAAUUAUAAGAAAAACAGGACUUGGGAAAGAUCCUGAAGAAUUGUAUUACGCAGGAUGGAAUCCUGAAAGCAUGUAUAAUUUUGAAACAAAUAAACCUACAGUACAACUCAGAAGAGAGUUGGAAAGAAUUGAAAGAAUGAAAAAUAUGGAAGAAAUAACAGGAUUAAGAAAUGUAGAAAUAAAGGAAUGGGUAACAAUCCUAUUAAAGCAUGAAGAAGAAAACGAAGUAUAUUGGAUAAGCCAAAGAAAUAAUGUAUGGAAUCCUGACCACGGACUAUGGCAGUCACCAGGAGGAAAAAUAGAAGGAAAAGAAAAACCCGAAGAAGCAGCAAAGAGAGAAUUGUAUGAAGAAACAGGAUUAAAUAAAGAAGUAAAAUACCUCACAAAAAUGGUACGCGAAUAUUGGAGCAGCGGAUCGGAAGGAAUAAGAGAAUUACGAAUAAUAUACAUAUACACUGCAACCGGAACACCCGAAAAGUAUGAACAACAGAACGGAACACCAUGGCAACCGGAAAGAAAACAAGAAAUAUUGAAAAAAGAACUUAUUGAAUCCUUACGAGAAGGAUUGGAAUAUGAAGAAAAGGGACCAGAAAAAUUACCAAAAAUAAUCCACAUAGACGGGGCAUGUGGAGUAGGAAAAACAACAAUAAUAAAGAAAAUGAAAGAAGAAUUUGAAAAACAGGGAAUAAAAACAGAAAUCCGAGAUGAAUCCUUCAUACUAAAAGGAAGAAUGAAUGAAAUAUUAAAAGGAUACUAUCAAGCAAUACAAAAUAAAACAGAAUGGGCAGACCAACUACAACAAACAGAAAUGAAUUAUGCGGACAUAAGCAUAAUAGAAGAAAAACUAAAAGAAAAAGCGCCAGAAAAGACAAAAAUAAAAGCUUAUACCGAACAGAUAUAA